CAGAAACCCCGGCGAAGGAGCUGCGGGAUGUGAAGAGCUUUUAAAUGCUGGGAACGAUAAAUUACAAUUCCGACGAGUUUUUAAUUGCAGCAAAUUCAAAGGGCCGGGGAGGCAGCCGAAAAGCGCCGUUGUGGCCAGGCCGGGCACUCCCGCCUCUGCCUCUACCUCUCCGCUCCCGGGCCCGGCUCUGCCACACAACCGCGCACCUUGCGCGCUCGCCCCCGCUCCCCGAGACCCGGCGGCGGCGGCCCGCGGCCGCCAGGCCCGAAGCCGCCGGGGAAGGCCGCAGCGGCCCUGUCCGCCUCCGCGGGCGGCCGGCAGCCGCCGCCGUUACCUCAGCGCGGCCCGCCCGCGCCGCCAUUGGCUGCCGCCGGGGGGGUGUGGGGAGGCGGCAGGCGGCGGCGCGCCGCGGGGAGGCGCGGAGCGGUGCCGGGCCGGCGCGCCCGCAUAGGCCUGCCCUGCCCGGCCCGGCCCGGCGCGGAGCCGGAAGCCGCGCCGAUGAGCUGUGUGUGCCGCUUGCCUGCGCGCUUGGCGGCGGGUGUCGGGAGCCCCGCGCUGCGGCGAGUGACCCCGGCCGGCCAAGGAUGAUCACGAACACGCGGGGCUUCCUGUGGUCGGACCUGGAGACGCGGGCGCUGCUGGAGAUCUGGGGCGAGGCGGACGUGCAGUCGGCGCUGGACGGCAACUUUCGGAACAGCCAUGUGUACCGGGACGUGGCCUGCCGCCUGGCCGAGCUGGGCUUCGAGCGCACCCCCGAGCAGUGCCGCAUCCGCAUCAAGGGCCUCAAGCGCCAAUACUACCAGGCCCGGGACGGGCUGAAGAAGAACGGGCACGCCCGCAAGAUAUGCAAGUACUACGACGAGAUGGACCGGAUUCUCAGCUGCCGGGGGGGGCCCGACGGCGCCCCCGAGCCGCUGGCCCCGCCGCCCGACGGCUCCCAGCCGGCGGGGCCGCUGGCCGGGCCGCCCACGCCGGGCACGCCGCACAACAGCCGGGAGGUGGACGCUGAGCUGGACGAGGACGCCGAGCUGGAGUCCCCCCGCGACAACUUCACCGAGGACUCCGGGGAGUGCUCCUCCUACGCCGACCACCCCAUUAAGGUGGAGUGCCCCUCCUUCGCCAUCCCCGUGCCGCCGGGUGACGGCUUUAAAGAAAUCAAUGCUCCAACUAUUACCCCACCUCUCAAUCAGCCCAAAAGAUCAAAAAAACGCCACGCCAAUUUAACAUUGGAUAAAAUGAUGGAAAAAUUUCUGCAGCAGAGUGUGGAUACAGAAGAAAAAUUUUACAGAUAUGAAGAGCAGAGGCUCAAAAUUGAGGACAAGCGUCGGGAAGCUGAGCAUGCUCGAGAGCUCCAGAUGUUACAGAUGUUGGGACAGAUGUUGGCAGGAAUUUCUUCUACCGUGUCACAAAGGUCACAAUCUAUACCAGCAAGUCCACCUCAGAGGGCGAACCAUCGUUCAUAUGGGGAUAACUUUAAUUAUAAUGCUAUGACAGCAGCACUUUCUCCACCGAUAGUUAUAGAGAGAUCGUUUUCACUGCACAGAACACACUCUCUAAAGGAUAUGGAGAAUAUUUUUCAACUGGUGCGCAAUGUUAUCCCUCCUCUAACGGGAAAAAAGCAUAAAGGUCAAGACGGACGUAUAGGCAUUGUUGGAGGAUGUCAAGAGUACACUGGAGCACCUUAUUUUGCUGCAAUUACAGCUCUCAAAGUGGGUGCAGAUUUAUCCCAUGUGUUUUGUACCAAAGAUGCAGCAACAGUAAUCAAAUCAUAUAGUCCAGAGCUGAUUGUUCAUCCAGUUCUUGAUAGUCCCAAUGCUGUCCAUGAGGUGGAAAAGUGGUUACCACGACUGCACUCAGUUGUCAUAGGACCUGGCUUAGGUAGAGAUGAAGUUCUACUUGAGAACGCUAAGGGUAUUAUAGAAAAAUCAAAAGUGAAAGGAAUUCCUAUCAUUAUCGAUGCUGAUGGACUGUGGCUCAUUUCCCAGCAGCCUUCUCUUAUUCAAGGCUACCAGCGAGCUAUUCUCACUCCAAACUACAUGGAGUUUAGUAGACUAUAUGAAGCCAUGCUUAGAGACCCCGUAGACAGUAGUGAUCACCAUGGAUGUGUAUUAAGACUCAGCCAAGCCAUGGGGAAUUUGACAAUUGUUCAAAAGGGAGAAAGAGAUCUGAUUUCAGAUGGAGAGAAAGUACUUGUGUGCAGUCACGAAGGAAGCAGCCGGAGAUGUGGUGGACAGGGAGACCUCCUGUCUGGUUCUCUCGGAGUCUUAGCGCACUGGGCAUUCCUUGCUGGAGCAGAAAAAACAAAUGGUCAAAAUCCCUUCCUAGUGGCUGCAUUUGGCGCUUGCUCUCUGACGAGGCAGUCUAACCACCAGGCCUUUCAGAAAUUUGGACGUUCAAUGACUGCCUCUGACAUGGUUUCAGAAGUUGGAACAGCUUUCAACAAACUUUUUGAAACCUGAAGCCAAAGCAGCAGAGAAGAUGACAAGGAAGAGCGAUGACUGCAAGAGUAAUUACAUUUACCGUAGAAUUUACAUAAGUAAUGCACCCUUUCAAGUGCUGUAGCAGCAUUGGUAUGCUAGGUAGAUUUUUUUAUUUUUAAGAAUAGAAAAAUAUGAUUAAUGUAGAUAUUUUUUAAGAGUUUGGAAUACAGAAAUGUUUUGGCUGAAAUAAGCUGUAGUUGCAGAUCUGUUAUAAUAUAAUAAAACUAAACUGAAAGUAUUCCUCUGUUCUUUUUGAUAGUUACUGAGCAAUAACUAAAGUGUGAACAGCAAAAAAAAUAAAAUGCACUUGAUACUCUAGAUAAAAUUCUUCCACCAGCUCAACUGAAUUUCUUGGAUUGCACCGAGGUUGUCAUGUUCUUAGACCCUCUGUCUAGAAUUAGCUAUUGCACUUCAUUUUUUGCCAUGCUCAUAUAUUAAGAAGCAAGAAGUCAGCCUCUUUGGAAAGGGAAUGCAUGAGAGUUGCUGUAGAUUUUGAAUGUAAUUAGUUGCCUUUUCCCAUUCCCAGUCCCAGAGGCAGCGUCUGUUCCAAGAACAUACCCCUUCCUGCAACGUCUUGGAAAAAGUUCCCCCAUGGUAGAAUAAGGAUAUACUGUAGGUGUCUUAGCAUUAAGCAGUAAUUAUGCUUACCUGGAAAGAAUAUUUUGUUCCUUUAGCUGCCCUUGAAUCUUCUAGAACUCGCUAUGAUGAACUUGGUGAAAUUAUCAUUUGGAGAGGUACGAGGUGGGUUAAGAAUCUUACUGAUUCCUCACUGAACUAACCGCUCCCACUCUCAGCGAUGGCGGAAGCGUGAAGUGCUUUUAAACCUCGCGUUGCCCGCUGCGUUACAGCUCUGAGGCGACGGCCGUACCGCUGCAGCGGUGCCUCUUUAUUAACCAGCGGGAAUAGGAAUUGAAUCAGGAACAAAAGGCAGACAGCAGCACGUACGCACCCGUGCGCUCUCGGUGCUGCGCAGGCAGCCGCACGCUGCACGUCAAAGGCAGGAAUAGGAAAACGGUGGUCGGUGUUCGAGCUCUGAGCGCAGCACCGGGGUUAGCGGCUUUUUACUCGGUCUGUAGCAGGACAGGUAUGGCCUUAGCAGCAGCAGUCCUGGCUGGCUGAGUAGAUGAGCGUUUGUUAUAAAGGGGAAGUUGUGUGGGCUUUGCAAAGUAUCAUUUCAAAGCUUGUAGGGAUUGAACCAAUAUGGAGAGAGGGGCAGGUUCACACAAAGUGCAUUUACACAACUUCCCCCAAGGUCUGGAAGUGGGUUCUGCCCUCAAACCUGCAAUCUAGCUCCAAGUGUAUAUACUCUUUAUUAAAGUGCAGGAACAAGCAUAUCCGGUGUCUGGUUAUUGCAACAGGUGUUACAUACUCACUGCAGCCCCUCUUUUCCACUGAUCCAGCUCUACAUGAGCGUACGAUGUCGUGCACACGUGAGAUGGCAUUUGGUACCUUGCAAUAGCUGCCCACAGAAAGCACUUGCAAUUAGAAAGGCUGCUCCAAGUGUUUCCUUUGAGCCCUUAUAGUUGAUAUUUCUGGAUGCACUGUGACUACUACCUCACCCCGAUGCAUUUUUUUGUUUGUUUGUUUUUCUUUUUAAACCAAUUACCUAUUUUAAAAAAAUAGGUUUUUAAAUGUUUGCUCAUUUUGGUCUAUGAGGGUUCACAGACUUUUUAGAUUAGAGCAAUGUCGACUCAUAAGAAGAGAUGGGUUUUGGUGUUUAAUUUAAGCAGUUUUGUAAACUGUCUACAUCUUUGGGGAAACUUAGCUACUGUUGUUUUUCCCCCUAAAACUACUGGAGAAGCCUGACUCCUUUGAAAUAAAAUUAGAAAGUUAAAACUGAUUUUAAAACAGCUACUGGAUUUCCUUUAAAAUGAGCUCUCUUUUUUUUGUGUAUUUAGAACAUCAGUGGCAUUAUAAUCUAAAUGGCAUUUGUAGGCGAAGUCAGUCAAUUAACAGAGCUCAGUACAGAUUUCCACCUGCUGUGUUGGCUUUAAAUCUACACAGAAGUUGUAACUCUUGUUAUUCACUAAUGUAUACAAAUUGUUACAAUUUUUAAACAUUCUGGAAAUGUAGCGGUUUCUUUUGGUAGGAAAUAAAAAUAAUAGCAAAUUAA